AUGGCUUGGAACACCAACCUCCGCUGGCGCCUGCCGCUCACCUGCCUGCUCCUGCAGGUGGCCCUGGUGGUCCUCUUCGGCGUGUUCGUGCGCUACGACCGCGAUGCCGACGCACACUGGGUGGAGGACAAGCUGCACAGCAACUCCAGCGACCUUGACAACGAAUUCUACUAUCGCUACCCCAGCUUCCAGGACGUGCACGUGAUGAUCUUCGUGGGCUUCGGCUUCCUCAUGACCUUCCUGCAGCGCUACGGCUACAGCUCCGUGGGUUUCAACUUCAUGCUGGCGGCCUUCGGCAUCCAGUGGGCGCUGCUCAUGCAGGGCUGGUUUCACUCCUACCAAGACGGCUACAUUCUCGUGGGCGUGGAGAACCUCAUCAACGCCGACUUCUGCGUGGGAUCUGUCUGUGUGGCUUUUGGGGCCAUUCUGGGCAAAGUCAGCCCCAUCCAGCUACUCAUUAUGGUGUCCCUGUCAUGCACAGCUAGGGACUGUCAUGAGCUUGACAGGCCCCUUGUACCCAAGGUGAAAGAUGCAGGGGGCUCCAUGACCAUCCACACAUUCGGUGCCUACUUUGGACUCACAGUGACCUGGAUCCUCUACCGACCCAACCUGUAUCAGAGCAAGGAAAGGCAGAGUCCUGUGUACCACUCGGACCUCUUUGCCAUGAUCGGCACCCUCUUCCUGUGGAUGUACUGGCCCAGCUUCAACUCGGCUGUGUCCAAUCACGGAGACGCCCAGCACCGAGCUGCCAUCAACACCUACUGCUCCUUGGCGGCCUGCGUGCUCACCGCAGUGGCGCUGUCCAGCGCCCUGCACAAGAAGGGCAAGCUGGACAUGGUGCACAUCCAGAACGCCACACUGGCAGGAGGGGUGGCCGUGGGCACCGCUGCCGAGAUGAUGCUCAUGCCUUAUGGCUCCCUCAUCGUUGGCUUCAUUUGUGGCAUCGUCUCCACACUGGGUUUUGUGUACUUGACGCCAUACCUGGAGUCCAACCUACGGAUCCAGGACACGUGUGGCAUACACAACCUGCAUGGCAUUCCCGGCAUCAUAGGGGGCAUUGUGGGUGCCGUGACGGCAGCCUGUGCCAACAGUAAAGUGUAUGGACAGCAAGGGCUCGCCCAUGCCUUUGAAGGUCUCAGUACCAACUGGUCCGCAAGCAUGCAGGGCAGUUUCCAGGCUGCCGGCAUCUUCGUGUCACUGGCCAUGGCUCUGGUGGGCGGCAUCAUUGUGGGGAUCAUUUUGAAAUUACCAAUCUGGGGACAAGCUGCUGAUGAGAACUGCUUUGAUGAUGAUAUCUACUGGGAGGUGCCCAAGGACCACGCGAUCUAUGUCUCCCAUCCUGAGGACCCUAACCUCAAGCCAUCAGAACCUUAA